AAAAAACUAGCCUCAGCAAGGAGGUCCGUAGCCUCCAGCUGACCGGAUUUUCAGUCACAGAACACCGGGGACCUAAAAAAGGGUCAAUCUCAGCAUCGUGCACUCAACCCAGCUCCUUCCGCCCCUCGAGCCCAGGCUGGGAGGAGCCGAGGAACCGAAAGAGAAAACAGGCCGCGCGGGCGGCAGAGGAGCCGGGCGCCGCAAUGGACGUGCGGGCGCUGCCGUGGCUGCUGUGGCUGCUGUGGCUGCUGUGCCGGCGCGGCGGCGAUGCGGACUCCCGCGCCCCCUUCACCCCGACCUGGCCGCGGAGCCGCGAGCGUGAGGCCGCCGCCUUCCGGGAAAGUCUUAAUAGACAUCGAUACUUGAAUUCUUUAUUUCCCAGUGAAAACUCCACCGCCUUCUAUGGAAUAAAUCAGUUUUCCCAUUUGUUUCCUGAAGAGUUUAAAGCCAUUUAUUUAAGAAGCAAACCUUCCAAGUUUCCCAGAUACUCAGCAGAAGUACAUAUGUCCAUCCCCAAUGUGUCUUUGCCGUUAAGAUUUGACUGGAGGGACAAGCAGGUUGUGACACAAGUGAGAAACCAGCAGAUGUGUGGAGGAUGCUGGGCCUUCAGCGUGGUGGGAGCAGUGGAAUCUGCUUAUGCAAUAAAGGGGAAGCCCCUGGAAGACCUAAGUGUCCAGCAGGUCAUUGACUGUUCGUAUAAUAAUUAUGGCUGCAAUGGAGGCUCUACUCUCAAUGCUUUGAACUGGUUAAACAAGAUGCAAGUAAAACUGGUGAAAGAUUCAGAAUAUCCUUUUAAAGCACAAAAUGGUCUGUGCCAUUACUUUUCUGGUUCACAUUCUGGAUUUUCAAUCAAAGGUUAUUCUGCACAUGACUUCAGUAACCAAGAAGAUGAAAUGGCAAAAGCACUUCUUACCUUUGGCCCUUUGGUAGUCAUAGUAGAUGCAGUGAGCUGGCAAGAUUAUCUGGGAGGCAUUAUACAGCAUCACUGCUCUAGUGGAGAAGCAAAUCAUGCAGUUCUCAUAACUGGGUUUGAUAAAACAGGAAGCACUCCAUAUUGGAUUGUGCGGAAUUCCUGGGGAAGUUCAUGGGGAGUAGAUGGUUAUGCCCAUGUCAAAAUGGGAAGUAAUGUUUGUGGUAUUGCAGAUUCCGUUUCUUCUAUAUUUGUGUGACAUGUUGGGCAGAUCAAGAGACAGUUACAAAAAUGAAGGUUUUCAUAAUGCAAUGUAACAUAGUACUUCAAAGUAUUAUUCGACUUCAAGUUUCAGCAACUACCUACAAAAGAUUCUAAGGCCUAGUAGUAUUUAAACUAAGUUUCAGAAUGUUCCCUUCUUGUAGAGAGAUGGACAACCAAAGUCAGUGGGACAAACUCCAGCACAGAAGCCUGCAAGGAAGCCUAUGGAAUAGUUUCCUGUCCUGAGACGAAAUUCAGAUUAGGAGAUAUUUUAGGCCCCUGCAACUGGGGAAGGCUACUGUUUGUUUUUGUUUGCUUAUUAUUUAUUUGUUUGUUUAUUGUGAGAUAUUUCAGGUGGGAUCAAAGAGGUCAUAAGAAUUUAUUUUCUUUUGUGGGGUGUAACUACUAGCUUUAGAUUACCCCUAUACACAAGAAUGGCCAACCUAAAAUUAUCUGUGUCUUGUACAGUUAGUUAUAUUAGCAGCCCUCUGAGAUGGUAUAUCUAUCGGAAGGAUUUCAAACACCAAUUGCUUUACCUGAACAAAUGGUGCUUACCCUUUGAACAGCAGAGUGACCACGUAGGAGGAAGGAAAAGGGCAAAAUCACUUCAGUUAAACUGAAAUUAAAUGAACAAUAAGGCAACUAUAUAAGUAACUUCUAGUAGCAUUGCCUGAGAGACAAAUUAUUGUUUGAUAAUUUUCAUUGUGAAUAGGAAUCCAAUAGAUCAUACUGCUUACUUUGUUCUUUUUAUACUACAGAAUAAUAUUUUGUUCUGUAGUAUAUCUAAAUACCAAAAUAUUAUCUCAUAUUUUCUCCCUCUUUCUCUUACUCUUUACCAAGUUUUCCUGGUGGCUUGGCUUCCCUGACUAAAGAAUUAAGUCUCAUUUUUACUUUCCAUUUCUAUUUUCUUACCACUUAGUUGGCUCCCUUUGUCUCUGUACCUUUACCGACAUUAGGAUCUCACCUCUUUCUUCCUCCCCUAAUUCAUAAGCACCACUCCUAUCAAAGUCCCAUCUCUUAACCCUGGGUAUCAAUCAAACUGUGAGUUUUCCAGAAUCUGUUUCCCAGUUUUCCCCUUGGCUUUCCUGGUCUCCCAUCCGAACUGCUUCUUUGUGCACCUCUUGUUCUUUCUCUUGGCUCCCAGUCUUGAUUCCUGUGAUCACUCUUGCAUCACCAAUUGCACAAGUGAUUUCAGGUGCAAUUCUGAUUAGCCUGCGUCCACACAGUGAUCAGUGAUCCUGUGUGCCUAGAAAGGACACUGUGUGCUGCUCAUGACCUGCAACAGGAAAAAAGCCAUUUCUUGUUAGCAGUGUAAGAACCUUAGAGCAAAGGAGUUGACCUUCUGAUUGAAUAUAAGCACAACCAUAUUAAAUGAGUCAAUACAAGAAAAUUAUUUCUGAUACUAUGUAUGUACAUAUUUCUUCUCUAAAAUGUAUCAUUAUUUUCUAAUGUAUAUGAUCUAACAAAAAUGAAACAUGAAAUGCAGUAGCAACCACUAAAAAAAAAAAUUCAAGGACAUCUAACUUUUUCUCUCACUUUUGCCCUUUGUUUAUCCUUCCCUGUGAUUAGAUAAACAAAAUAAAAAACAAAAUGCUGUAUUUCUCUUCUUAUGCCAAUCAGAACCAAUACGAAAAGAAUGUGUGUUGACUCAGGUUUGGAGUUAUUUCAGGAAGACAGAUAUUGACCUUUUAAUUGAUAAAUAUUCUUAUUAUCCGGGAAUGCCAGAAAAGAACUAUGUCCUGCUUGUCUAGUUUGUAUUCGCUGACUUUCUAUGGGAUAUAGAUGCAUUUGUAAUACUCUUUUUCAAGUGCUAAAGGAUUUCUAAAAUUUCAAACUGAUUAAUAUGUUUCUGCUGUUCUGGAUUUUGAUGACAUUUACGAUAAAACAACCUACAUUUGACUUUGGUUUAAAAAGAACCUCUUCUUAAGUGUAUGGCUUACAUUUUGUCAACACAGUAUUAAUGUGCUUUAUAUUUACACUGUUUUCUCAGCUCUAAAUUAAUAUAUCCAGCUUUUGGUUUUCUCCAUAGGCACUUUAACCUCAGUGUUUCCAAAACUCCAUUCGUCAUCCUCCCUAACUUCUCCCACCGCCCCCAACAAAAAGUUCCUUUACCUCCAAGAGCCUCUAUUUUGGUUAACGGAAUCAACAUUAUGGAAUCACCCAAUCAAUAAAAUUAAGACAAAUCCUAAACAUUUAAGCAGGUCAUCUACACCUUGGUAACCCAUCAAUGAAUUACCUACCUCCUGUGGCUACUGUCAUUUCUUAGUUGCAUGUUCUUUAGUGUCAUUUAUCUCCAUUAUUCAGUAGCCUACUCAUUAUUCUCUAUGUCCCUUAGUCCAGACCCAAAGUCUGGUGAUUCAGAUUGGUGUUCUUAUAGUCCAUCUACUAUAUUUCCCCUGCAUUUACGUUUCUCAAAGACGUUAUCAGUUUCUCUGUUCACAACCGUUCAAGGGCUCCCAAUGCCUUAUGAUACCAUGUGAGCUCUUUUAAGUGAGUUUUCAUGAAGAAGCCCCUCUCUACCUUUUCAACCAUGAUUGCUGCUGUGCUGCAUAGUUUGAUCACUCUUAUGCUGUGAUCCAGCCAUAACAAACUACUUGAAGUCAAAGCAACAGAAUCCUCACCUAAUAAUUAGAAGUCAUAAUGAAAGUCAUCAACGUGUUUCUGGAUGUGGUUUCACAAAGAUCUCAAAGUGAAUACUAAAUUAGCCAACCUUACAGUGAUUUUCUAACCCAUUUAAAAGUUAUAAAGUGGGUCAUCAGCACUAGAAGCAAGUGUGACUGGGGAGGGUGGGAACUUGCAGUCUAAAUUAUUUUGAUAUUUACAUGAAGAAUGACUGAUAUAUGCUUUGAUAAAACUCUUGCAACUUCUAGCUUAGUCACACCAAGAAAUAUAGGUGUAAAGAACUAAAUAUAACCAUAUAGUCUAUGAUAUGGUUUAGCUAUGAUAUGGUUUAGCUGUCUCUUAACCCAAAUCUCACCUUGAAUUGUAAUAAUCCCCAUAUGUCAAGGGCAGGGCCAGGUGGAGAUAACUGAAUCAUGAGGGUGGUUUCUCCCUUGCUGUUCUCAUGGUAGUGAAUAAGUCUCACAAGAUCUGAUGGUUUUAUAAAUGGGAGUUCCCCUGCACAAGCACUCUUGCCUGCCACCAUGUAAGACAUGCCUUUGCUUCUCCUUUGCUUUCCACCGUGAUUGUGAAGCCUCUGCAACCAUGUGGAACUGUGAGUCCAUUAAGCCUCUUUCCUUUAUGACUUACCCAGUCUCAGGUAUGUCUUUAUUAGCAGCAUAACAGCAGACUAAUACAACAGGCUAAGAAGGGAGUUACAAUAUUGGCCAGGGUGAUUGACCCGGACUAUGAAGACGAAAUCAGUCUACUACUCCACAAUGGAGGUAAGGAAGAGUAGGCAUGGAACACAGGAGAACUCUUAGGGUGUCUCUUAGUAUUGCCAUGCCCUGUGAUUAAUGUCAAUGGGAAACUACAAUGGCACAAUCCUGGCAGGACUACAAAUGGCCCAGACACUUCAGGAAUGAAGGUUUGGGUCACUCCAGCAGGUACAAAACCACAACCUGCUGAGGUGCUUGCUGAAGGCAAAGAGAAUAAGGAAUGGGGGUAGUGGAAUAAGGUAGUCAUCAAUAGCAGCUUCAGCCAUGUGACCAGUUGCAGAAAUGAGGACUGUAAUUGUCAUGAGUAUUUCCUCCUUAUUUUGUUGAGAACAUGUUUGCACAUAUAUACACUUGUACUAAGAAAAUAUAUUCAUUUUAUUUCCUUUAUUUUUCCUUUAUCAUGUGAUGUAAGAUUUGUUGACUUCAUAUCAGCAUUUAAGUGUUGUUAACUUUAGGUAAUAGCAUUUGGAUUGGGGAUUGGUGCACUUCCAGUUGUACAAAGGAUAGCUGUAUUGUGUUAGGUGUAAUUAUGACCUUAUUAUUGGCUUCAGUUGAAGAUUAUGUGUGAUUUCAGGAGAUGUGGUUGGGUUCAAGUUGACAAAGUUGUGAUGGUUAAUAUUGAGUGCCAACUUGAUUGGAUUGAAGUAUGCAAAGUAUUGUUCCUGGAUGUGUUUGUGAGGGUGUUUCCAAAGGAGAUUAACAUUUGAGUCAGUGGACUGGGAGAGGCAGACCCACCCUCAGCCUGGGUGGGCCCUGUCUAAUCAGCUGCCAGUGUGAAAGGAGGCAUGGAGAGAACAGACCUGCUGAGUCUUCUGGCCUCCAUCUUUCUCCCAUGCUGGAGGCUUCCUGCCCUGGAAUAUCAGACUCCAAGUUCUUCAACUUUUGGACUCUUAGACUUAUAUCAAUGAUUUGCCAGGGACUCUGGGGCCUUCAGCCACAGACUGAAUGCUGCAAUAUUGGCUUCCCUCCUUUUGAGGUUUUGGGACUUGGACUGGCUUCCUGGCUUGCAGACCUAUUGUGGGACUUCACUUGUAAUUUUGUAAGUCAAUACUCCUUAAUAAACUCCCCUUCAUAUA